AUGCCGCCUCCCAAAACUCGCAGAGCAACUCCAACCCCUCUUCCGGCAUCACCACCAUCAAACUCCAGCAUCGCCAAAGAUGGCUGGGGUAGCCGCUCAGAGUUCCAGCACUCCUACGGACUGGGAAUGACGCCCCAGGGCUUCGAAGAGGGGAACCGCAUCUUGGACUCCUUCCGCAAAUCCGACAUGCAGGAGCGUGAAGAGUCCCAGAAGGGCGCGCCGGAGCGUGGAGGAGGAGCGGCGGGGAAGUAA